AAUGAAUAAUGGUGUAAGAUAUAAGAAAAUAAACGUCACUAAUUUAGCUAGUCAAGCCUAAGUAUAAUUAUAUAGAACAAGAACUAUGCAGUACACCUUGGUCACUAUUAUCACAGCUGUACUAAUCUGUACGGGUAUCCAUGCAAUUUCUAUUCAAAACUUUGGACCUGGAAUGACUGUGUUUUGUAAGCACAAGGAAGGGACUGAACUAGUGUUGACUAACUACCCAAACGUACUAUUAGUGGUGUUUCAUCGAUCAAAUCAUGUUAGAAUGAACACAAAGCUAGGGGGGAUAUGGCAAACUGAAGUGGUGCUCUCUAACCUAAACCCCUCCCAAACGGAAUGGACCACAGUGGUUGAAGUUAAACAAAAUGGAUACGAUGUCUACGUCAAUGGAAAACACCACCUAUUUGCACAUCGACAACCUGUUACAAGUGUAAACAACAUUACAUGUGGGAAUGAUCAAUUCAGUGUAGGAAAAGUACUCAGAGAUUUCUCUAUGGGCAGAGUGGUCUACAUAAAGGCUACUGCUCCGAGCAGUGGAGAUUUCAAGAUAGACCUCCUCCCAAUGCUCCCCCGAGAGAUGAACUGUCAGUGGAAUAAAGUUAGCCUAGUCCUCCACGCCAAAUUCAGUUCCAACCCUCAGGCAGUCACCAGGAAUACGUACGGGCCGUUAUGUAAUGGGGUGGAGCUUGGAGAGACGAGUGGGGGUAUGCCGUUCAUAGCUGGAGAGCCAUUUGAGAUGCUGAUAGUGGCACAACAGUUUGGGUUUGAGAUUGGAGUGAAUGGGAGUCACUUUGCCAGCUAUGAUUAUCGCACAGCUCUGUCCAGAGACAUGACCAUCAUGCUGACAAAUGUGCUCAACAUUGAGAAUAUCGAGUAUUACUAGACUGCACAACAGUGAACUAUAGAUUUGUUAGCACUAGAAACUGUAGAGAAACACAACUACAUGUACAUUGUAUAUAGAUGUGUUAGCACUAGAGGCUGACUGUACAGUAAUUUCAGCACUGCAUGAACACACGUACAAUAUACAUGAGUCGAUCCUACACUGUAAAAGUUAUAUCUUUCAGAACAACCUUUUUUUUGUAGUAUUGUUAAAAAUUAUUAUACGUAACUGAGGAUCUUUUUUUGUCAGUUGACUAUUAAACAAUUGAUGAUCGAAACAUAAUUAUUACAGUG